AACCAAACUAACAUUUCGUUUCAAUUACGAUCACCUGUGUGAAAAACUAACCUCUUAGAAAAAAGAUAUGGAAGGAUUUUUGAGAGAUUAUUAUUUAUGUAACAGACAUGACCUAACUCACAGCCUAAAAAAUAACCCGAAGUUACACGAACCCGAACGUUGAUAGUAAGGAAAGGGCGUCUGAUGCGGAGACAAUGAAUCUUAGUUUUAUUAUCUCAGAAUGAGUGGCGAGUGCUUUAAUUUACAAGAGACUUUUGGAAACGAACACCAAUUAUAAACUGAAUUUUAUAUGAACAUUUAAUAGGAAUUGGGUUUCUAGUUGUUUAAUAUAUCUGUCUAUAACUGUUUAAAACAUUUCUAUAAAUUAAAACAAUGAAUGAUUUUUUAGCAGUGUAGCAGUGGAAGUACGUCUACUUACAAGCAUUCUGGAAAAUCUUAAGCGAAGGCCAGCGAUGAAGCAGAGGUUGAAGACGGUGAUGGGCGAUGCCAAGAUUUGGUCGAGAAUAUGCGGAUUCUUCGUGCCGGCCGUGUUCCCGCCGGUCCACAUAGGCAUCCUGUACUACUUCUGGCACAAGUACUCUCGGCACGUGGAUCGACACUAUUGCUCCUGCUCCUGCUGGGAUACUGUCUUCAAAGGCACCUACGAGACGGGCAUCGCCUCCUACAAGCACGUGUACUUCAACGCCACCAGCAACUCCCUGAAGAUGUGGGUGCUGACUGUGCUGUGCGUGCUGGUGCUGUACGAGUGCGUGCGCCACCUGGUGUCGCUGGCGCUCGCUCGCAGCCUCCGCCCCUCCAUGCUGCUGCUCUUCGCGUCGUCGCUCUUCGCGCACUACUACUCGUGGUGGGCCUACUUCAACUACUGGAACGACGACUUCUACUCGCAGUGGGACCACCAGCUGUUCUUCUCGCUGACGGAGGCGUGCUCCACGGCGCUGGUGGUGGACCUGGCGGACAGCCGGACCCGCGUCACGCCCAGGAAGGCGCUGGGCAUCACGGGCAUCGCUCUGCUGCACGUGCUGGCCGCCGGCUGGGACCAGUUCGUGGAGAACGUCGUGCAGGGCCGCGGCUUCUCGCACCAGGUGAUUCGCGACGUGUGCUUCAUGGUCCCGGACGUGCUGCAUGUGUGCGUGCCACUGGUGUUGUUGCUGCGCAGCCGCCAGGACGCCGCGGGCUGCCUCUUUGACGCAGACGUGAGGCGCGAGCUGACUGCCGUCGCUGCGUUGGUCGUCAUCGGACUGUACGUCUCUUCCUUCUUGUAGCCGCACCCGCGCAGUGUAGCCACGUGGGUACGGAGCACUCUUUCAUUCACAGCAUUCACUCAGUUGCUCUGCACACUAACAUAAUGUUAAUAGUAAAAGUUUUUUUUUUUUUUUGGAAUGUUUGGUUCAAGGGUUUUUGGGUGAAAUAUAGAGAAUUGAUAAGGAAAACAUUUUUUAAUAAACUUUCAAACAUCAAUUAUUUGGUUAGUAUAAAUGCCGCAAGUUCAAACAACAAUGGUCUUUUUAUAUUUUUUAAUUCCUGAUGUUUUGCUGUAAAUGUCACGUCUUGAUCCAAAGAAUGGUUUUGUAUGUGUUUUGAGCUCGUUCAUAUCGACAAAUUGUGUUGCCCUUUUGCCGUCUGCGUGUUGGUUUCCGAUGUUGGUAUGUUCACAUUGUGAGUGUGCUUGAUGCACUUCCAUGACCUGUAGUUGUUAUAGACUUGAUAUUUUGUUGCAGUGUUGUGAUGUGUAGGUAACUGUUGUACGGUUGACUGAGAGAGUGUCGCGCACGGCUGGUUGCGGCGUGCAGUGGGUCAAAGGGGUGGCCAGCUCUGCGCUGUCUGCCUGUUAAUGCAGAACAGAGGGUGGGAGAAGACAGCCCACUUUUCCAUACGUAAUAGUGUUUGUCUUGCUUGUGGGUAAAGUAUUUUUCCAACAUAUAUGUAUUCUGAAUUUGGGCUGUGCAGGAAUGGAUUUUUCGUUUGUAAAAAUUUACCCCUGGAAAGAACUAUUUGCUGCGGAAAUUCGAACAGGAUGGAGAAAUAAUUGCCUGAAAUAAACAGUUCUUACUUAUUCUGUAGAAUCAAGAUUAUUCCUGAAAUGUCCUUCGUUGUGGGCUGUUUUACAAACUUGUGUUUGACUGUUUAACCUUGUUAGUGUGCUGAGAGUUUGAAUCUAUUUUUGUCUUGACUCGUUCUUUUCCUGGUAAAAUGGAAUUAGCUGAUAUCGUAGGUGUUAGUUUUUUGUCUGAAAAAUCACAUUAUAUUGGGCUUUUUCUGUAACAGUAUUCUCUACAAUGUAGUGGAAGAUAAAAACCCUCAAUAUAAAUAACCCUAAAAAAUAUAUAUUAAAAAUCUUUAGAAGUUUUUUUGCCUGGCAAGAUUUCUAAACUUUUCCUGAAUUUUGAGAUCCUGCACAGCCCAAUUUUGAAACCUCUUUGAUGUACCUUCAUUUAGUUUUCUGUACUUGAAUAGUAGGAAAAUUAUUUAUUAUGUAAAAUAAACUUAAAUUUAAGUUUUAUAGAUUUUUUUAUUAUUUUAAUUUUAAUGAUUAGUCUUUAUAGAGGUUGAAUUAUGAACUGUUGUACCCAAGGUAUGGUUCACAUUGCAGCCUCUGAUUUUUUUUAUUGUUUUUAUAUCAUUGUACAGCUAGAAGGAGCGUUAGGCAUCAUCAGCAGUAGGUACAGUCUGUGAGAAUGGAAGCUACCCAAUUUCUUUAUUUAAAGCACUUAUUUUCCAUAUUUGCGUCCACGUCAUGCCAGUAUGACAAUAGUUAUGAGUUCAAUUCCAAUUCUCUAAAUUAAUCUAAUUAUGGGCACGAGUCGUACCUCCUGGUGGUUGGCAACCUGCUAUAAUCUCCGAGUUCCCAAUUGCUUAAAGCGCGUGUGCAUAACUUAGUGACAGAAAUAUUACCUUUACCUAUUUAUCAUAAUUUUCUACAUGUAAGAUGUUAAUUUUAAGCAAUUUGAAGAACUUAAAGAUACUUUUUGUUUUUUUAUGACAUGUUAUCUUGUGUGAUGGUAGUACGUACUUAUGUCACUGUUGCAUGGAGUCAGCGCACAGCAGCACUUGUGCAGCUGUUGCACCAAGUCGAGAGCAGAAGGAAAAUAUCGGAGGAUGGAGUGAAGCUAUGAGUUGACGAGUUUGAGCCUGCCCCACAACCUACACCAGUUUUUCCAUAUCUGUCGCACUCUUACUUUGUGCAGAAUGUGAAAGUGAGGCAGUUGAGCAUGGUCUCUCCCUGUUGUUUAUGAAACAGCUGGUCGACAAGAUCCGGGCAGCGACUCUUGCGGCGGUCACGGCUGUUCUGCUAGGUUCUUACUGAGAGACUAAACAAGAGCGCAGGCUUCUCUGCACUCACAUCAUCCCCUCGUAAAAUGCCACAGACAGAUGUUUAGAUCACAUGUGGCUGAGUUCCUUCAUGCCCAACAUCUCAUCCUACGUGCAGAAACUAAUUAUUACAGUAAUUAAUUCCACAUCACAUCUUUGCACCUUGGUACAAUUCUUUUGUUGUAAUUUUUAAUGAUCUUACACUCCGCUUGUGCUCUCAUCGCUGUACAUUGAUAAUAUUUUGUUAUUCUAUCUGAUGUAUCUUCAUAUAUGUGUAUGUAUCAGCACGGCAUAGUUUGACAAUGAUUAAGUUACUAAGUUAAACUGUUUUUUUUUUCUUCAGAUCAGGAACUUGUGCAAUAUUUGUAAAGUUGUAUAAAAUGACGAUAUUGGCUGUGAUAUCAUGUGUGUGUUGGCCGAGUUUAUAAUUGUUCAUUGGCAUUGUACAAAUUUAAUGACAUAAAUGUUAUUUUAUAUACAUAUUUAUAAACAUGUUUACAGGAAAUAAACAAGUAACUUGUCGCUGGGGACUGUUGUGUACGUGCGUGGGCACGAUACUGUACUGUGAGUGGCUCGGGGCUCAGGAGGGGAGGCUGAGCCAAGCGGUUACAUGCUGUGCUCAGCUGUGGAGUGCGGGCUCAGUACCACGGAGGGGAGAUAGUUCAGAAUAUCUCUGACCUAGAUUCUGGGAGGGGAGAUAGUCGGAACAGCUCUGACCCAGAUUCUCUUUGUUUCAAAUUUAUUAAGAAUGGCUCCCUCAUUCCACAUGUUUGAUAAUUGAAGAGCUUACUCAACUAGUAGGCUAUUCUGUAAUGUUGUGGUGCCUGCUUGGAAACCUUUACUGUAUGUGUAUUUUUGUUGCAUUUGCCGGGUUUUAUCGCAUAAUCAUCACACUCGCAUAAUCAUCAUACUGGUAUUUUAGGGCAUCAAAAUUUGGAAAAGAAUAAAAAAAUAAAAAUUCUCUGAUAAAAGUUGCAUGAUGGUUUUUGGUUCCGCUGUUAGAUUCUGAGCGCUUUGUGUAUGUAGUUGCCAAAGAUCACAGGACAAAGCACCGUGUAACAGCAAUCGGUUUUCAAGUUGCUGUCGGGCAGUGCGGUAGUUAUAAUGGGAAAAUAAAGUAAGUAAAAGCCUGGUUUCAGAUGUAUCCGAAAAAUAUAAUUUAUCAUUCAAUAUGGUCACAUGUUUCGGUCCUGCCAAUUUCUCCACAAGUUGUAUGUAAUUUUUGGUCAUGUAAGAUGUUGCCCAUAAUUUUUUUCCCAUGUAAAAUUAUGUCUUUUAAAGUUUAAAUCCAUUUGUUGUUAGGAUAUUAUCGCUUAAUUAUUUAACAGUAAAACGAUUGUCGCCACUGUGCAGUGCAUAUAAAAAGUAGCUUCACUAGUUGGCACCAUUCAUGUUUGGUUACAUUAAUGCCUGUAUAGAGUAUGCGCACCUAGUCGAAUAUCGAUAUUGAUACUUCGGUAGCUUGUCGAUUGGAUGCAAUGCGCGCGCUUUGUCUCAUGCAGAGUAAAUUAUUUUUGAUAGUGUGCACCCGUUCAUGGUUAGUGUUUACUACUGCGAUAGGUCUGGGUAUGGUACACUACGUUAGUUCUGGCUCAUGGGACGCAGUUUUUGGUUUUCUAUUUUAAGUUAAAUGAAAUGUGUUUUUGUUGCAUGACUAAUUAACACUAAUUGUUGGGCAUACUUUAGACCACCUAUUGCCUAAAGUUGUAAAAACAAAUUAUUAAAUAAUAUAGUCAUUCAAAUUCCUGUUACCUAGCAUUGGGGGUAUAAAUUUCUAUACGAUAAAAUACUACCUUUUUAUACCAAGCAGCAGUACCUCGCAGUAGGGCUUCCUCUUAGCUCCUUUGGGGUCAGUAGACAUGAGUCCAGUUGAUUAUGAUGUGCUAUAGAAUAUGUACAUACUUACUUGCUCGAAGAAAAGGGGUGCUUUGAAGUUAUAAUUAUAAUUAUGUGUAAUGUUGGUAAAAACAUAUUAUGUACCAGUUUUUACACUGCUGAGCAGCAUUCUGGUACAAGAUGCUGGCAUAAAUGUUUCCAUUCCUGUUUAUACACAGAAGUUGCGAUGAAUGUGUGUUAGAUAUACUGAAUCAUUAUUCAGUAAUUUUUUUUAAGGGGCAGUGAACUUUUACUACAAAUACCACACUUUAAAGUACAUAUCUUUAUAUCCCUAUGAGAUGUCUUAUAUUUACAAGGAGUAAAAAUAUAAAGUUACUUAAGUGUUAAUUAACAAAACUGUGGGUGUUUUGAGUUAUGUGGUAAUACAAUUUCACUGUGCAUAUUAAAUGCACUAACCUUUUAAAUAAACUGUUUUAAUUAAAAUAUGUAGAUUUUUAUCGUCAUCCAAAUUGUAUAUGUUUUUGUUAGAAAAUUAGAAAAGAUUGUUAAAUUUUUAGUGUCUAUAAUUGUUUAAUUUUUUAUAGUGUCUUUAUUAUGACCACAAUUAUGAAAUUUUGAAUUAGAUAUACAUAUAUUGUUUGAAAACGUUUGUACGUAGUUUUUAAUACAAUGUAAGUAGUUUUGGUUAUAGGGUUUGUUAUCUGUGAAGUGUUGUGUGCAGGGUUGUUCCGAUAUUUAAACUAUAAUCCUUUUCAGACAUCAGCUGAAUCAUUAUCGUGUGAUCAGGUAAACGGGUAGCUUUUCAAGCAAGAUUCUUAAAUUAAUUUAGUUGAAUUAUUUUUUACUCUUGUGACACUUGAAACAGGAGUCCUGUUUGCUGGCCAUAAGUCCGCCAUGUCCGAAAAGAAUUGUCAAACACGGUUGCAAGUGACCUCAGACACUGUUUGCUCCCUGAUCAAGGCAAGCAGAUGCAUGUGUGUUUCAUUCAGUAGGAAACACCUCGGUUAGUUGUGCGGUGAUGAGGUGAAUACAAACAUACUUGAAUUCAGUGACGAACAAAAUAGUCUUAAGAUAGCUUUCAGCUUAUAGUAAACUGAUUUAUUAGUAUAGAGUUUAAACAUCGUGUUUAGCAUAGCAUUUGUGUUAUAAGUAUAAGCUGUUAGUGCUACAUUUGCCAUGAACCGGAUCUGUAAUGUUGUUGUUUGUAGAGCUGGUUCUCUUGAAUCAAUAUUGAAGUGUGUCAUCGGAACAACCCUAGUUCCUUGCCUGUUUUUAAUUUUGUUUGUGUGUGAUUUAUACUACAAGUAUCUGCCAAUUUAUUCCAGAAAGUAUUUGCUGAAAUCCUGUUUUUUUUCAAAAUGCCAUUAGUUCCUCUUAGUCACUGACUGUUUCUACAUUCCUGACAAAAACUUUCCACAUUUCUGUAUUCCACACCAUCGUCCAUGCAUGUAACUUUGUUUACGAGUAGAAUGUAAACUUUGUGUCUUUGAAAUUUUGAUAUUUUGUUGUUUUCCUCAAUCAAAUAUUUUUUUUUUUUUUUUUUCCAUAUCAAGUGUCUCUCUUAAUGUAUAGUAUACUUGCAUAAAGAAAAGUUUUUGUUUAAUUAGAUGCACAAACUAUGCGAGCAAAUAUUAUACGAUAAUAAUUUCAAAUUUGUGUUUGAUAAAUAUGAGGGAUAUUCCAAGCCCAGUGUGAUUAAAUAAAUAGCAAUUUUUUUAUACACUAGGUAUAUAUUUUUAAAACUUGUAAUAUUUUAAAAUGUUUGUAGUAUUAUAAUUUUAUUAGUAUACUGUUGAGUGUAAUGCUGUAUCGUUGUCAAAAAGACAUUUUUUACUUUAGUUUGAAGGAAUUGUUCUUUAAAGCCACAAAAUGAAAUAAAAAUUUGGCCUUUGCAAGUAUUCUAAUAUCAGAUUGAAUGAUUUUUUAUUCUUAUUCUAUUCAGUUCCAGAUAUUUAUGCUUUGAAAUAAUGAAUAUUCAAUUGCAUUCAAAGCAUAGCUUAGCUUUUUUAUGUCACCACGUGUAACUGUUAACAUUGAGGUUAAAAGUUAUUUUUGUACAAUAUAAACGUGAAUGCACACAUUUUCAAUAGAGGGCUUGAUGUAAACUACUCAUAUAGCUUAAGCCAACAAGUGCACAUUGCAAAAUAAGAAUGUAUUAAAUUCAGACUGAAAAAUCUAGCCUUUUUGAUAAGUUGAAAAUAAGUGAACAAUAAACAGUGAACAGUUUGCAGCCACUGCAAAACAUAAGCAUACUGUAUUUCAGUACAUAUCUGUAACCAUUAGUAUUAAUAAUACAUUGUCAUAGCACAAACCCAUGUACAAGUAUUUAUUAUAAUAUGACUAUUAAACUAUUAUAAGGAAUGUUAAAUGAAAACUGUUUUCUCCCCACUCUUGAUAUUUGAAUUCAAUACAUAUUCGUUUUCAAGGAUAUUUUGAUAUUAGUAUUCAAACUCCAUUCGAACCAAAAAAAAAAAAUUCACAUAGGUUUGUUAUCAAUACAUGUAAAACAAUAGAAGAGCCUGUAGAGUUUUAAUAAAUUUUUAGUGCUUCUCUAGUCUCCUUCAGAGUUGAUGUUAUCAUAGUUGUAUGUACUUAGAAACGUCUUUGUUGUGUAGGUGGAUCGGCACUAUGCCAGAAAGUUGUACUGUGCCUUCAAUUUCGUAAAGAAUAGUGGUUAUUACUUAUUGUGUGUGUGAAGUGGUUCAGAAUACAUCUUUCACCUGUGUAAGAUAUUUACCCUAAUUCACAUAAACAGCAUGAUGGUUUAAGUAAAUUAGUAGGAAAUUCACAAAAAAUGUGUUGUACCAGAGACAGAGCACUGUCUGUAGUUUGGUGUCAUCCUGGUGUGUGUGAGGUGGCUAGUGGCGAGUUGUAGACAAAGGAUGAGCUAUAAUUCGCUAUUUUUAUCACAAAUUUAAUUAAAUAGUAGGCAUAUGCUGAUCAGAGAUCAUGAGUUUGAAUAAAAUGUAUUUACUAAGAAACUUAAAUAAUUUAUAAUGAGUAUGUCCUGUAAUGUUGUUUUGGCAUGCACAACUUGUUUUUUUUUUUUGGAAAGUUUCGGUAUUCAUUUUUAGUUGAAAUGGUGCGUAGUUUCAGCAAAAAAAAAUAUUGUAGGAAAUAAUCUAAAGAUUAUAAAUAAAUUCCUGGUUAUUAACAAAGCGUCAUCCGGAGAUCUCGUUCUCUGUGGUAGGCCGAUGCGUGUUGUGCACAUCGAUGCUGGCAGACGUCAUUUUGUUUCCACGGCCGCGGCAUAGCGUGUCGAGGUGUUGCUGUGGUGUCCCCUUUUGCUUUCUCGUCACUCAGUUGACACUCGGGCAGCUGUCAGUGGACCAAGGGGCCCAUUUUCGGCUGUUGUGUUCUUUACGGCCAUGCACCGGUUGUUGUCCAAGCUCGUCAUUUACCGACUUUCAACCUCGUGCGUGCUCUGGCGAAAACCCCUGCCUCAUUGAGACCCUUCCUUGAACAUUCCCGGAAGCAGGUGAAAUUUUUUUUUUUUUUGAAAUCUUUGCCUGCAGCGACUCGGAGGCAUUGGUGGCGUCAAGCGUUUCAACCCCCCGUCGCCCGCUUCCUGGGAUAGGGAUCUCCCGAGUAUAGCAGGCAGGCACCAAGUUGCUGAUUCCACUUAGCUUUCUUAAAUGAAUCUUUCUUGAAACGAAGCGGCUCCAAAGUAAUGCACUGAAAUUAUAAGGAAAAGUAAUUUUUUUGUGUUUAACUGAAUUAGUUAUCCCCAAAUUUAUUUGCAUGCCUAUCGGAACCGUAAAAUCUCCGCAACAGCUCGACCCGAUUUUUGUCAUAAACCAUAAGGUGGUGGAUUGUGUGCUGAAGUGUGGUCCCACGGACCGUAUGUUCACGGCAGUCUGAGGAGAGAACGGUGUCACGCCACGCCUGCUACCCAUCUCUGCACACUCCCGCCCAAACCUUUCAGGCAGUGCUCGUUCUUAGCUUAUCAGAAGCUCACACUUUGUUGUCGGCGAGUUAGCCCUUAUGUUUGUAGUCUGGUCAUCAGCUGUUUGAUGUAGUUUAUUUACUUUCCAUUCGUAACUUUACUUGGCUGACUAAUGUUUAUGUAUGCUGCCGGGUAUGUAGUGAUGUUUUGUUUGAUAUGUAUAAGUGCCUGUAAUUCACGAUAAUACUGUAUUUACCUGAAUAUAAUGCUAUGAUUUUUUACCAAAACUGUGAAUAUUGAAAAGUUGGGGGGGGGGGGGGGUGGGGAAUUGCAUUUUAAUCGCAAACUUAUUUCGUGCCUUUGGAAAUAGCUUAUUUGAAAAACUGCAUGCAGCAUGUAAACUGCGUCACUUAUGCCACUUUAGUCCGGGGCUUCCUGAACCUCUGCAGAGGUGUGACAGAUGCAGGAUGAAUGAAAGGGUGCAAAUAAGAGUUGUCACUGUGUUCUUUCUGCUUAUCUUCUCUGUAGCUACUAGCGAAGGCACCCCUCCGCCUCUAUCACCCUCGCAGAUGACCACCGACCACUGUAUGUCACCACAUUCUUUGCUUUUUGAACUGAUUUGAACUAAGGUCAUGAAACACCAUUUUUUUUUUGUAACUCCGGCUUGGUGUUUCAAAAGAGACCACGCACAUCACUCUAAUGAUGAAAGUGGUACUAGAAAGAGUCUAGUAAAUAUGAAUCAAUUUGAAUAUUUUAAUAAUUUUCAAGUGCUAUGUACUUGAAUUGUAAUUUCCAAUACCUAAAGUUGUCUUUUUCAUAAACUCAUAACCAAAAAGUUUGGAGUCGCAUUAUAUUCAGAGUUGCAUUAUUUUCUGGGAAAUACGGUAGGUAUGCAAAUUGAUGUACCUCCCAUGAAACUAGGAAAUAGGUGUUGUAUGUGUUGAUAAUUUAAAUAUAUUGAUUAAUAGUUGCAGUAUUUAUUGGGCCUAUUUCAUUGUAUUUUGAUGUUGCAUUGGGUUACAACAUGUAACUUAACAGUUGUCUAAAAUAUACCGUCCAUUUUUUUUAACUUAAUGAAGAUAAAAUAGUUGCAAUUACUGUACAGAAAGAAGUAUUAUCACAAAAGACUUAGUCUGUAAAAGUGACAUCAUGAAUGUUUAAGAAAGCAGUUGAUUCUGAAAAUAAAAUAUUUAUGUAAACUGUGUUUUGUUUUUACAUAGUGUGUUGUUUGAAGAUUUAAACUGUUUGGGAUGAAUCCUUGUCCAUAUUCUUGUAUGCAUAUUGGAUGUACAGCUGUAGCCCAGUUUCAAUUGGCUAGCUGUGACAUGCCAGCGACUAGCAUGUCACAUUGUCUCUGUCCACGAGGCCGGCUGCAAGUAACAAUUCAGCCAUUCAUUGGCUUUUAGCAGAAAUUGCCCUGAGUGAUAAGGUAGUAAGGAUGUAGAUGAUUAAUGUUUGCAUCAGGUUUUUGAUGUGUGUCGUUUUAAGAGUUUAAGAAAAGUAGCAUCGUGCACUGAUGAUGAGAAUAUAAAAAACAAUUAAUAGAAUUUAAACCACUUGACAGAAUUUGAUAAUUUGAUGGGGUUGGUUUCCUCGACUAGAUAUUUUCAAUAUGGAUACCUGAAUGAAUAGAAAUAUUCAAUGCAGUGAAUAGGAUUUGUUUUUUUAAAUUUGCAAAUUAACGUAAAAUAAGGGCUUGAAACAAAUAAACAAAUCUGAAAAUAUUGGUUGUAAAAUUAUUUAAAUCACAUAGUAAAAACCUCUAUAGUAACCAAAUCGUUGGACGAAAAAUAUUUCAACGAUUUUCUCUUACAAUUGCAAAAUAGAACGUUUAAAUAAGUUAAAAUUAUCUUAAAAUUUUAAUAUAUAUUUUUUUUCUCUAAGAUUGGGUUACCAUAGAGGUUUUUUGUUUGUGAUUUUAAUAAUUUUACAGCCAAAUUUUUUUCAUAUUUGUGUAUUUUUGGGUUUCAAACUCUUUAUUUUAUAUAAAAAAAAGUUUUUUUUUUUUUUAAAUAUAAACUGUGUUAUCUCUCCUGUAGCAGCUCGUCAAGAGAUGCCAAAGGAGAAAUGGGUUAGGUUUACUUGCGAACAAACUUAAAUAGUUUGGUGUAAUACACUUUUUUAUUAGAACAAGAUUUACAGAUGACGCAAAUGUAAACUUGGCACUUUAGGUAGCCGUGAUAAGCCGUCGCGAAGUAUCGCUUAACAGGAUACGGCUUGCAAGACUCUGUAAACAAAAGGAGUAUUUAUAAAUACUAAACAAACUAUAAAUACACAAACCCUCUUCCCGAUUAUAUUCUGAAAAUUGACCUAUAAUUAAUAAACAGCUCUCCUUACUCAUAACACACAACAUAAACACGCAAGUUAAAUGAAUUUACAUUAGGCUUUAUCACACUCACACUGGAAUAUUAAUUUGUCCAGUCGACAUUUAGACACACCAUUUACUUUCAAGUUGUGAUUAGACCAGAGCUGUAACUACUUAUUUUGCGCACUCACACAAUAUACGUCCCUAGUGGCGAAACGCCUACAAUCUACAAAGUGUGUCUUCACAAGUCCGAUCAACAAAACACAUACAACAGCCCUUGUUAUUUGAAGUUUAUCUAGUAUUUAAUAUAUAUCUAGUAUAAUAUUUAUCUAGGUUUAUCUGUAUUGACUAUUUCUGUACAUUCAAGGUUUCGGUAAAAAAAUAUCUAACAGACAAAACCAACACCAUUACAUUCUGUCAAGUCGUUCAGAUUCUAUUGUUUUAAUAUUCUUGUCAUUGGUGUACGAUGCAAGCUUUCCUAUGCUCUUAAUAAUUCUCCAACAUGAGCACCAGCCUCGUGGUACAAUGGUGGGAUGUGUACUCAUUGCUCUUCUUUUUGGAGGGGAGUGUACAAGACUUUUGAAAUAACAGCUGUUGAAAUAAAGACAUCUGAAGAAGACAA